AUGCAUCACACGAGGGUCAUCUUGAUUCUUGAUGUAGUACAGUACCUCGUUAGUCAAGGAGCACAGGUAGAGAGGGGUGAUAAAAAUGGUUUGAAACCACUUCAAGAUGCAUCACACGAAGGUCAUCUUGAUGUAGUUGAGUAUCUCGUUAGUCAAGGAGCACAGGUAGAGAGGGGUAAUAAUAAUGGUUCGACACCACUUCAUGUUGCAUCACAAGGAGGUCAUCUUGAUGUAGUUCAGUAUCUCGUUAGUCAAGGAGCACAGGUAGAGAGGGGUAAUAAUGAUGGUUCGACACCACUUCAUUUUGCAUCACAAGGAGGUCAUCUUGAUGUAGUUGAGUAUCUCGUUAGUAAAGGGGCACAGGUAACGAGGGGUAAUAAUAAUGGUACGACACCACUUCAUUUUGCAUCACUCGGAGGUCAUCUUGAUGUAGUUCAGUACCUCCUUGAUGUAGUACAGUACCUCGUUAGUCAAGGAGCACAGGUAGAGAGGGGUGAUAAAAAUGGUUUGAAACCACUUCAAGAUGCAUCACACGAAGGUCAUCUUGAUGUAGUUGAGUAUCUCGUUAGUCAAGGAGCACAGGUAGAGAGGGGUAAUAAUAAUGGUUCGACACCACUUCAUGUUGCAUCACAAGGAGGUCAUCUUGAUGUAGUUCAGUAUCUCGUUAGUCAAGGAGCACAGGUAGAGAGGGGUAAUAAUGAUGGUUCGACACCACUUCAUUUUGCAUCAAAAGGAGGUCAUCUUGACAUAGUUCAGUACCUCGUUAGUCGAGGAGCACAGGUAGAGAGGGGUAAUAAUAAAGGUUCGACACCACUUCAUGAUGCAUCACACAAAGGUCAUAUUGAUUUAGUUCAGUAUCUCGUUAGUCAAGGAGCACAGGUAGAGAGGGGUAAUAAUAAUGGUUCAACACCACUUCAUUUUGCCUCACUUGGAGGUCAUCUUGAUGUAGUUCAGUACCUCGUUAGUCAAGGAGCACAGGUAGAGAGGGGUAAUAAUGAUGGUUCGACACCUUCUCAUUUCGCAUCACAAGGAGGUCAUCUUGAUGUAGUUCAGUAUCUCGUUAGUCAAGGAGCACAGGAAGGGAGGGGUAAUAAUGAUGGUUCGACAUCUUCUCAUUUCGCAUCACAAGGAGGUCAUCUUGAUGUAGUUCAGUAUCUCGUUAGUCAAGGAGCACAGGUAGAGAGGGGUAAUAAUGAUGGUUCGACACCACUUCAUUUUGCAUCAAAAGGAGGUCAUCUUGACAUAGUUCAGUACCUCGUUAGUCGAGGAGCACAGGUAGAGAGGGGUAAUAAUAAAGGUUCGACACCACUUCAUGAUGCAUCACACAAAGGUCAUAUUGAUUUAGUUCAGUAUCUCGUUAGUCAAGGAGCACAGGUAGAGAGGGGUAAUAAUAAUGGUUCAACACCACUUCAUUUUGCCUCACUUGGAGGUCAUCUUGAUGUAGUUCAGUACCUCGUUAGUCAAGGAGCACAGGUAGAGAGGGGUAAUAAUGAUGGUUCGACACCUUCUCAUUUCGCAUCACAAGGAGGUCAUCUUGAUGUAGUUCAGUAUCUCGUUAGUCAAGGAGCACAGGUAGGGAGGGGUAAUAAUGAUGGUUCGACAUCUUCUCAUUUCGCAUCACAAGGAGGUCAUCUUGAUGUAGUUCAGUAUCUCGUUAGUCAAGGAGCACAGGUAGAGAAGGGUGAUAAUGAUGGUUCGACACCACUUCAUUUUGCAUCACUCGGAGGUCAUCUUGAUGUAGUUCAGUAUCUCGUUAGUCAAGGAGCACAGGUAGAGAAGGGUGAUAAUAAUGGUUGGACACCGCUUCUUAGUGCAUCACAAGGAGGUCAUCUUGAUGUAAUUCAGUACCUCGUUAGUCAAGGAGCACAGGUAGAGAAGGGUAAUAAUGAUGGUUCGACACCACUUCAUUUUGCAUCACAAGGAGGUCAUCUUGAUGUAGUUCAGUAUCUCGUUAGUCAAGGAGCACAGGUAGCGAGGGGUAAUAAUAAUGGUACGACACCACUUCAUUUUGCAUCACUCGGAGGUCAUCUUGAUGUAGUUCAGUACCUCGUUAGUCAAGGAGCAGAGGUAGAGAGGGGUGAUAAUAAUGGUUUGAAACCACUUCAAGAUGCAUCACACGAGGGUCAUCUUGAUGUAGUUGAGUAUCUCGUUAGUAAAGGGGCACAGGUAACGAGGGGUGAUAAUAAUGAUUCGACACCACUUAUUAUGGCAUCGCAAGGAGGUCAACUUAACGUAGUUAAGUACCUCGUUAGUCAAGGAGCACAGGUAGUGAGGGGUAAUAGUAAUGGUUCGACACCACUUCAUUUUGCAUCAAAAGGAGGUCAUCUUGACGUAGUUCAGUACCUCGUUAAUCAAGGAGCAGAGGUAGAGAGGGGUGAUAAUAAUGGUUUGAAACCACUUCAAGAUGCAUCACACGAGGGUCAUCUUGAUGUAGUUGAGUAUCUCGUUAGUAAAGGGGCACAGGUAACGAGGGGUAAUAAUAAUGGUACGACACCACUUCAUUUUGCAUCACUCGGAGGUGUAGAGAGGGGUAAUAAUAAAGGUACGACACCACUUCAUUUUGCAUCACACGAAGGUCAUUUUGAUGUAGUUCAGUACCUCGUUAGUCAAGGAGCACAGGUAGAGAGGGGUGAUAAAAAUGGUUUGAAACCACUUCAAGAUGCAUCACACGAAGGUCAUCUUGAUGUAGUUGAGUAUCUCGUUAGUCAAGGAGCACAGGUAGAGAGGGGUAAUAAUGAUGGUUCGACACCACUUCAUGUUGCAUCACAAGGAGGUCAUCUUGAUGUAGUUCAGUAUCUCGUUAGUCAAGGAGCACAGGUAGAGAGGGGUAAUAAUGACGGUUCGACACCACUUCAUUUUGCAUCAAAAGGAGGUCAUCUUGACAUAGUUCAGUACCUCGUUAGUCGAGGAGCACAGGUAGAGAGGGGUAAUAAUAAAGGUUCGACUUCACUUCAUGAUGCAUCACACAAAGGUCAUAUUGAUUUAGUUCAGUAUCUCGUUAGUCAAGGAGCACAGGUAGAGAGGGGUAAUAAUAAUGGUUCAACACCACUUCAUUUUGCCUCACUUGGAGGUCAUCUUGAUGUAGUUCAGUACCUCGUUAGUCAAGGAGCACAGGUAGAGAGGGGUAAUAAUGAUGGUUCGACACCUUCUCAUUUCGCAUCACAAGGAGGUCAUCUUGAUGUAGUUCAGUAUCUCGUUAGUCAAGGAGCACAGGUAGGGAGGGGUAAUAAUGAUGGUUCGACAUCUUCUCAUUUCGCAUCACAAGGAGGUCAUCUUGAUGUAGUUCAGUAUCUCGUUAGUCAAGGAGGUAUUUGA